UGUGCAGAGAAACGCGUUUGAACUGAAACCGGUUGUUUAUUAGUUGAUGGAGGAAGAUAUAGACAAUAUAUUGAAAAUUGAAUGUGAUGGGCAUGUUCACGUGUGAUUGUAUAUGCGGAAUAGAUUGAAGUUCAACAAUGUUUUUAAUACUUUACUUAUAGGUCAUAUUCGUGAGAUCUGAAAAACCUUUUCUUUGUGAUAAUAAGGGAUUAAAAAAAACUUUAAUAAAAAUGGUACUAAACAGAAGGGAUUUGGAGAGAGCAUUUUCACCACAUAAGCAUCGCAGAUCAGGAGGACAAAGAAGAAGCCUGAACAAAUUUAAUAAUGGUGGACGUAUUGGAAGUCAGACAACUUCAAGCAUGAGAGUGGUUGUCAGAGUGCGUCCACAAAAUGCAAAUGAACUGGAGGAUAAUGCCAGGUCUGUCAUACAAGUGAUAGAUGAAAACACACUGAUAUUUGAUGGAAAAGAGGAAACACAACCAUUCUUCUUUCGUGGAUCAAAACAAAACUGUAGAGAUCUACAGAAGAAACCGAACAAAGAGUUGGAUUUCAAAUUUGACCGAGUAUUUAGAUGUGACUCUUCAAAUGCCGAUGUAUUUGAAGGCAGUACUAAGGACAUAGUCAGAUCUUUGUUGGAUGGUUAUAAUUGCUCAGUGUUUGCAUAUGGAGCCACUGGUGCUGGAAAGACAUUCACAAUGCUGGGAAGAAAGACAUCUCCAGGAAUAACAUACCUAACAAUAGCAGAAUUAUACAGACAGAUGGAAACACUUGCCAGUGAAAAGGAAUUUGAUUUGGGUGUUUCUCAUCUGGAGGUGUACAAUGAAAAUGUACAAGACUUGAUCCAGCCAUCUGGUCCCCUUCAUCUACGAGAAGACAACAGUUAUGGCGUUCGAAUUCCUGGCCUUUCUGUUCAUAGCAUCAGAAACGCUGAUGAUCUCUUUGCCUUAAUGGCACAAGGAAACAGGAACAGGACCCAGCACCCAACAGAUGCCAAUGCUGAAUCAUCACGCUCACAUUCAGUCUUCCAAUUGUAUGUUCGAAUGACCAACAAACUGGAUAGAACUAUGAAGAUCAUGAAAUUGUCAAUGAUUGAUCUUGCUGGCUCUGAAAGAGCAUCUGCUACUCGUUGCAAAGGCAUGCGCUUCACUGAAGGUGCCAAUAUCAACAAGUCACUGCUUGCUCUGGGAAAUUGUAUUAACAGCUUGGCUGAUGGCCUGAAGCACAUCCCAUAUCGUGAUUCUAAGCUCACGAGAUUACUGAAAGAUUCUUUGGGAGGCAACUGUAAGACGGUCAUGAUUGCAAAUAUAUCUCCAUCAAGCACUUCUUAUGAAGAUACAUAUAACACCCUCAAGUAUGCCACACGAGCAAAGACAAUCAAGCAAACGAUAAAGAAGAACAUUGUUUCUGUUCAGCUGAAUAUUUCACAUUAUGCAAAAGUGGUGGAAUCGUUGACCGCAGAGAAUGAAAAGUUGAAACUUAAACUGAAAAUGUACGAAGCGGGGAAUGGUUCUCAGGAAGGUGCAUCGACAUCUGUUGCGGCCCCUGUUGUUCUACCCGACUAUAAAGACAGACUCUCUGCUCCAUACCAAGAACUGGAAGCUACAAACAGAGAAAUUUCAAAAUUAUUGAAGGAAAUAAAACUUCUCAACUGGAGGAAUUCUGUUAAACAAAAAAUAGCUGACAGGUUGCCUUGUCUGUCCAUUAAUUCGAUUCUUCUGGGCAAGCGUCUUCAUCGGAUUAGAACUUCAGUGAAGCAGUUGGAAGGCAGAGAAAUGAGCUGCAAGCAGAAACUAAGGGAAACUAUUAUUAAGAGGAAUGAGCAUUUUAAGAAAAUGAACUGUGUCAUUAGGGAACUGAAUCAAGAUGGGAGCAACGCUGAAUUAACGCAGCAUGUUGCUAUGUUACAGUUACAGUUGGAGCUGGAGGAGAAGAAGAUGCAGCUGGAGCACUGUCAGCAGCUGCUCUCUAUGCAACAGAAUGAGCUAGAGAGUGAAGACAUGAUUGUCAAAGUGAUAUGCGACACUCUGAAGCAGUACCGUUUCCUUCUGCAGGGACACAACAUUACAACAGAUGCCAUGAUAUCACAUUAUAAUGAACUGGUUCAAAAAUUGGAAGGAUUCAAGCAUAUUUCAUGGAAAAAAGAUGAGGAAACUGAUGAUGUUCAUAAGUUUACAUUUAGUAUUGAGGACUGGUCAGGGCAGAGUUUAUGUUUGGAGGGUGCUGUUAAGACUCAGCCGUCCAAGAAACCGUUAGAAGAUAAAGUCAUACCUGAACUAAUGAUUGAUUAUACAGCCAAAAGUGGUCCUUCUUCAAGCAUUAUGUUGACAGCUACCUCCCUUGAGAAUGAAACAUCAGAAAAUGAAUCAGAAGUUGGUGAUAUUGAUCAGUGUGGUGAUGUUUGUUCAGACAGGAUGUUGGAAGAUACCACUAACAGAGUAUCAGUAUCAAUAAAUGAGAUAAUAGCUGGAUCAGAAAGUACGAGUGCUGUCACUGAAAGUAAUACAAAUUCAAGCGUGACAUUAGAAACUGGCAAUUCAGCUGGUCUCCUUCCAGUCAGUCAAAAAAAUGUUCCAGAAAAUACUGAAGUUUCAGAGAUGCAAAGAGUAAAAGAUAAACCUGCAGAAUAUUGUGGGAUUCUGAACGAGAUGAAUUUGCCAGUAGACCGUAUGCAAGGCGUUGCUGCACAGUGUUCUCUGACACCUCUGAAAGUUGGCUGCGGCACUGUUCCAAAUGACUACAGAACUCAAGGCUUUCAAUUAAAUGACACCUUUGUGUUGCCUAGAAGCCCACCAAUGUGUACUCAAAUGAAGACUCCUGGAAGACUGGUACAGAGGAGUGACACUCAAUCAAAAGUACACAUCACAGUUAAUGAAUCUGGCAGUACAAGGAAGAGAAGUGCCUAUGCUGAAGUAACAAGCAAACUGUGCAAUAAGGAAAAUCGAGCUGCAGCCAUGAGGGUGCGGCCAUCAGCAUCUUGCCAGCGCGGUCAAUAUAAAGGCAGUAAGGAUCACACCUUUACAGUUCCAGAAGUGCCACAGCUGCAGUCUUCAAAACCUUCUAUGCACAGACUGACACCAAUUUCUAAAUAUUACAAGCAUCCUGUGACUAAAGAAGAGUUGGGAAAAAUGGCAUAUAUGAAGCACAGGGAUCAGCUGAAUAGAGCUCACCCAUACAGUGCUGAUUAAUAUUCAUGUGAUUUCAAGGUGAAGAUGCACUACAAAGUAUCACAUUGGCACUGCUGUAAAGCAGUGCUGAGAAUUAAACUUACCCACUUAGACUUAAAGUUUUAGUGCUAUGGACUCCAACAACCUGUUUUUAGGUAACAGUACUUGGCAAUGACAAGGAAAUGGUAGUAUGGAAUCUUUCAUGUUAAGUGUCUUAUAACAAGUGAGCCAUAAAGAUGAUUCUUUGUUUAAGUAUAAAAUUUGUAUUUAAACUUUUUAGUGAGAUAAUAUAUUUUAAGAUUUUUAUAUGUUAAAUUGGGCUUAUGAGAUUAAACUUAUGUAGCUGUUGCUUCUGGUAUGCAAUGUGAGUACUGUGAUUAUUGUUUAAAUUCUUUACUUUAUUAUAAUUUAAGUUGGAUUAACAUAUAUGGCCAGUUUUAAUUCUUGUCCCUAAAAUACAUAAAAUUAAACUUAACUUAAUGCUUA